AUGACAUCAUCAACACCUUCACGUUCUAUUGAUUUUGAUCCAAGUUUACCGAAAAAUCGAAUUCGUUCUUUGUCUUUAUCAAGCUCAUCAGAAGUUUCUCAAUCUGUUGCUCGUGAAAUUUCUUCACGACGAUCUCAAACACCUAAAGCCAAACGAAAAAACGUAUCGAAUUGUUUGAAACCUUAUACUCCACUUCCACUUUCUCAUACAAAUCAAUUGAAAAAUUCAACGAAACGUACUGCUCAGAAUAGUCAAGAACUGAAUAAUACUACUGAUGAGUCAUCAAUUGAUUUUAAUGUUAUUCAUUUAUCAUCUCAACAAAAUCAAGCCGGUCAAGUACAAGAUACAUUUGAAAGAUCUUCAGACGAUGAAAUUGAGAGACCUCUUAUAAUCCGUAUUGAAUAUAUGUGGUUUCUUUGUAUGUUAUUUUAA